AUGGCACAAAAAGCACAAGAAGUUCUCUCCAAAGCCACCGGCGGCAAGGUGGGCUCACUGCUGCCGCGGGCAAAGCUCGGGAAGAAUGGCCCUCAGGUCACCAGGAUUGGGUAUGGAGCUAUGGGAUUGAGCGCCUUUUACGGCAAGCCCAAGCCCGACUCCGAGCGCUUCGCCUUGCUCGACAAGGCCUACAACGAUGGCGAGCUGUUCUGGGACUCUGCCGACGUGUACGGCGAUAACGAGGACUUGAUCGGCCAGUGGUUCCAGAAGAACCCGGGCAAGCGGGAUGACAUCUUCCUCGCCACCAAGUUCGCCAACAAAGCUCUCCCCGACGGCGGUCGUACAGUCGACAGCACGCCCGAGUACUGUCGUGAGUCGAUCGAGAAGUCGUUGAAGCGCCUGGGGCUGCCGUUUGUGGAUCUGUACUACGUGCAUCGGUUGGAUAGUAAGACGCCGGUCGAGAAGACUAUGGAAGUGAUGAAGCAGCUCAAGCAGGAGGGCAAGAUCAAGUACAUUGGCCUCUCCGAGUGCAGCGAGGACUCGCUCCGUCGCGCCUGCAAGAUCGAUCACGUUGAUGCUGUGCAGAUCGAGUAUUCGUACGCCCAUCUCAUCCUCAACCUAACGAACCACUUACCGACCCUUCACAGCCCCUUCGCCCUCGAGAUCGAGCAGCCGCAAAUCAACGUUCUCAAAGCCUGCCGUGAGCUCGGCUGCGCCGUCGUGGCCUACUCGCCCAUCGGCCGCGGCAUGCUCGGUGGCACCAUCCGCAGCCCGAAGGACUUCGAGGAGGGCGACUUCAGGAAGAACGCCCCGCGCUUCAGCGAAGAGAACUUCCCGAAGAACUUGCAGCUGGUCGACAAGAUCACUGAAAUUGCGACCAAGAAGGGAUGCACGCCGAGUCAGUUGACGCUGGCGUGGAUUCUGGCGCAGGGCGAUGACUUCUUUCCGAUCCCUGGCACCACCAACCCGAAGCGUCUGGAGGAGAACCUGGGCUCGCUCAAGGUCAAGCUAUCGAAGGACGAGGAGCAGGAGAUCCGCAAGGCGUGUGAAGCUGCUGAAAUUCAUGGUGGCCGGUACCCAGAGGCGAUGUCGAAAGCGCUUUUCGCUGACACGCCCGCUCUGAAUGCUUGA